GCUGGAGGAAGUACCACGAGCGUUUCCGUUGCAUCCGUGUCUGCGCAGUCCCGAUGAGGAGCUGCGUUUCCUGCGCUGCUGCGCCCGUCUGCUCAUGCUGCGUCUGCUGCCCGCGCGGGACGCUCGUUCACGCAGUCUGCGCCUCUUACUGGUGGAGGUUGUCGCUACUAAAGUGUUAAAGCCAUUGGUGGACGUGUUGAGCGAUCCAGACUACAUUAACCGCAUGCUGCUAGCUCAGUUAGAGCACCGAGAGCAGGUGAACGAACAUCAUAAGAAAGCGUACACAUAUGCGCCGUCCUAUGAGGAGUUCAUCAAACUCAUCAGCAGCAGCUCUGACAUACAGUUCCUCAAACAGCUCAGGUAUCAGAUAGUUGUGGAGAUCAUUCAGGCGACCACCAUCAGCAGCAUCCCACAGCUGAAGAGACAGAAAGACAGUAAAGGGAAAGAGGCCGCCGCGCUAAAGGCCGACCUGUUACGUGCCAGAAACAUGAAGCGUUACAUUAACCAGCUCACAGUGGCAAAGAAGCAGUGCGAGAAGCGGAUCCGGCUCCUCGGGGGUCCUAACUAUGAGCAGCAGGAGGACGGAGCCCAGGAUGAAGGGGACGGUCCACAGAGCCAACGGAUACUUCAGUUUGAGGAGAUCAUGUCAAACGCAGUGUACCGGGAGCAUUUCCGUGUCUACAUGGAGCGCGUGGACAAGAGGGCUCUGAUUAGCUUUUGGGAGCUGGUGGAGAUGCUCAAGAGCGCCAACAAGAAUGAAGUGCCACAGCUGGUUGGAGAGAUCUACCAGAACUUCUUUGUGGAGAGCAGGGAGAUCCCGGUGGAGAAGGCUCUUUAUAAAGAGAUCCAGCAGACGCUGGUGGGGAACAAGGGUACAGACGUGUUCCACAGGAUCCAGGGAGACGUGUACGAGACCAUGAAGGAGCGCUAUUACCCAUCCUUCCUGGUGAGCGACCUGUACGAGCGGCUCAUUAAACGAGAGGAGCAAAGGAGCAGCUCACAGUCCAGCAGCGAGGAGAAAGACGACGCCGGUCCGGUGAUGGAAGGAGGGGACGUGGCCCUGGAUGAAGGCAGCAAAGGCAUCAACGAACAGGCCAGUUACGCCGCAACCAAACUACACCAGCUGUACGAGAGGCUGGAGUACAAACGCCAAGCCCUGGGCUCCAUCCAGAACGCACCACGACCUGAUAAAAAGAUUGUGUCAGCCUCUGAGGAGAAUGGCGAGCAGAUGGCGUGUUACUUUGUAGCAGUGAGUCUUUCUGAAGACGACGACUGCAAGAACAACCGCUGGACCGUCACCAGGAAGCUCAGCGAGUUUCAGACUUUGCACAGGAAGUUGACGGAGUGUUUUCCGUCACUCAAGAAAGUCCAGCUUCCCUCACUCAGUAAACUGCCAUUCAAAUCAAUCGACCAAAAAUUCCUUGACAAAUCCAAAAACCAACUCAACACGUUUUUACAGAAAGUGUUGACAGAUGAGCGCAUGUGUCAGAGCGAGGCGCUGUAUGCCUUUCUCAGUUCGUCACCAGAGCACCUGAAGGUCAUCGACAUCCAGAAGAAAUCCUCCUUCUCUCUCGCAUCCUUCCUGGAGAGACUGCCGGGAGACUUCUUCUCACACCAGGAGACGGACGGGAGGAAGGACGCGCUGGCUGAGCCCUGCUUCAUGCUGAUCGGAGAGAUCUUUGAACUCAGGGGCAUGUUUAAGUGGGUGCGGAAGACACUAAUUGCACUCGUUCAGGUCACGUUUGGACGGACUAUAAACAAGCAAAUCAGAGACACUGUAAACUGGAUCUUCAGUGAGCAGAUGUUGGUUUACUACAUUAAUAUAUUCCGGGACACGUUUUGGCCCAACGGGAAACUCGCACCACAUAACAAAAGCCGCUCGGAGAGUGAACGCAGAGAAACCAAGGAGAGAGCACAACAGAAGCUUCUAGACAACAUCCCAGAUGCACUUCAGAAUCUCGUGGGGCAGCAGAACGCCAGAUACGGGAUCAUCAGGAUCUUUAAUGCACUUCAGGAGACCAGUGCCAACAGACAUCUUCUCUACAUCUUGUUGGAGAUGCUGCUUAAAGAACUCUAUCCCGAGCUGAGCGUGGAGGCCGUACAGGCCUGAACAUCCUCACAUCACAUCAGAGGCUCAGGAUGUGUUUCUCUAAUGUGCUGGAUGGCUGUUUGUGGUGUUACAUUUUUUUUUUCGUUCUGUUGUUUUAUUUCUAAAACACUUGACUGACUCUGUAGUGCUGGAUCUAGGAAGCGUCAUGAAUAUGUUUGUGUUUUAAUCCGUUGAUGUGUUUCUCUCUGGUGAGAUUGGAGGAACGGACCACAUCCACUGCCAGCUGUCAUCUUCUGCUUUUCUUUCUCUCUUUUGUUUUCUUCUAGGGGGUUUUGCUGUGUAAUGUGAAGAACAGUGGAAUGAGUGUUACACAUCUGUAAAAAGAAGAACCCAGACCUCUGUAAACUCCCUACAUAUUAUUGUGACCAUUAUGAAAGCUUUUAAUCGUGCAAUAUGUCAUGUACAGUUAUUGUGAAGGUUCUGUUUGUGAUAUUAUAAUUAAUAUUGUUAUUAUUAUAGAAUUUUAUUUUUACCAAAAUAGAC